CAGAAAGUGGCACCAACAGUUUCAUACAUAUAUAUGUCCCAACCUGUCGGUCCGUCAGUCAGUUAACGCUCCGCUCACUCUUCUGUCAGGAGUCCCAACCUGAAGAGACUGAAGUAAGGAUGGCAGUUUGGGACAAAAAGAUUCUCUGGGCCGUCAUGUUGGUCCUGACAGGUGCUCUGGGUCAAAGAGUGAACUAUCCAGAUCCUGUUUGUGGUGUAAAAGGAUCGACCGUCCUCCUCCCCUGCUCCUUCAACACACUGAAGUCUGUCAAUAGAAGAGAAGUUUUGAUCGAGAUCAUCAGAGUCGUCUGGUGCAAGAAUCAUGAAAUCUGUUUCAGUUUGACUCCGUCUGUGUACGACAGCAAAUCAAACAACAACAACUCUCGUUACAGAUACCUGGGAGACAAGAAGAGAAACUGCACUUUACAGAUCUCAGAUUUACAGAAGGAAGACGACGCAACUUUUCGCUUCAGAAUGGAAGCUAAUGAUGUCAGAGCAUCUUUUACUGGCCAAUCAGGAAUGAGAGUCUCAGUCGUAGAUGGUGAUCAGAUGAAGAUAAGAAGCUCCAGAGAUGACGGAGAGUUUAAAAGAGGGGAAGCAGUCACACUGAACUGUUUUGCUGCAAUCUGCACUAUCCACCAACUGGAGGUCACCUGGUUCAGAGAUGGCCACGCCCUCUCAGAGACUGGCCCCGCCCUCCAUCUCAGCAAUCUGACUGCAAAGGAUUCUGGGAAGUACACCUGUGGUUUGAAGAGGAACGAGCGCACCCUCUCCAUCCCGUACAGCCUGCAUGUGGAAGGAGGAGGAGGAGGUCUGCUUCUGAUCGUUGGUGGUCGGCAUCCUGCUGGUUCUCUUCGCUGUUAUUCUGGUCGUCUGCAUCAGCAAAAGAACGGCGGAGAAGGUGGAGGACUCCAUCAUCUACAGCGCUGUAGACGGCACAAUCAGAAGACAAACCACACCGUGAUAGCAGAUAAACUUUUUAUUUAUGUUUUCAUGUGCUAUUCCCCCAUGGAUUCUACCAUCACCAGAGUUGGCGGUGACUAA